AUGGCGAUGGCCCAGGAAGUCCCUGCUGACUUCAGUGAUCUCCCUCUCUCAUGUCCCUACACCAUCUCGAGGCUCUUGACAGCUGCCGGUGAGCCUUCAGCGACAUGGUUGAUACGGGAGCGCGACCAGUACGGAGAGUAUCCUCACAUAUAUGCCAAAGUGUGCGAAGGGGUCGAAGCUGCAACAGGCGCAAAAGGACAGCCAUCGACGUACAAAGUCAUCGUGCUCAGCGACUCUGGUUGUGGAACGGAGGUGAUCAAUGAUAUUAGUCCUCCUCCUGUUCGGCGCACAGAGGGGGAGAAGGAUGAUGACCAUGUCGUCUCCCGGUCUCGGAGAAGCGAGCCGAGUCGCUGGAACAUUCACACGUUUCUCCUCUACACGCUCAAUCCGGGCGGAUGUAUCCCGUACAUGGUCAUCACGAGCCACUGCCACUACGACCAUAUCACUGGGAUAGGCAAGCUUCCGCCCACCGGCGGAUAUGACCACGAGCAUGUCAGCAGUACCAGCACCAGCAGCGAUAAGACCCAAGACGGCGCGGAUCGUCUUCGCACGACUGUCUUGACAUCGUCUCUGCACAAGUCGUUCGUCACCCCCUACGCGAAUCUGCAGGAACACAGCUUGAGCGCGUCGGUCGGCCUCCAAGCACCCAGGUACAGCAUCACGUGGGCCGAGGACCUCUCCGAGGCGACGUGGCGAUGGACACGGCCGGCACAAAAAGACGCAGGCAUCAGUGCCGCGGAGGUCGCCAUCGGUGCUCGUAUGACUAUGAUCCAGACGCCGGGACACACCCCGGACUCGCUGUCCUGGUAUGACGAGGACCUCGCCCUGCUGUUCGUGGGCGACAGCUUCUACGUCAAGGAGUCGCCCGAGACCAGGUCGGCGCCGUGGGGUCCGGAACCGCCCAUGCCGACCAUGUUCGACGUCGAAGGCGACCUCGCCGAUAUGUGGGAGAGCAUCAAGAAACUCCUGCGUUUCGUCCGGGUCAAGAACGAGGAGCUGAAGCUGAACCAUGACAAGCACCGCGCGACUACUGAUACCGUCACUACCACCGCUGCUACCGAUGGUGGUGGUGGUGACGAUGUUCAGAAAAACAUGAUACCGCAUGGAGAAUGUGAGAAUGGCCGCCGGCGCGGCGGUCUCACGAAACGUCAUCCCUCUACGUGGUACGAGGCCAUACCUUUCUUUAGGUCCCGAGGUCUCGCGGCAUCUCAAUCUCAACUUGGAUCCCAAUCUCACCUCCCUGUUCCUCAUACGCGCUACACCGACGACGGAUGGGUGAUGGUCGACAGUCACCCGGGCGGCGGCCGCGGUGGCGCGACGACACCGUCGUCCCAAGCACCGCCCAGGGUGCAGCUGGCUGCCGCGCACACGACGGCGGGCGGCGUCGACGCCGAAGCUGCCAUCCUGUCGUUCCGCGAGUUCCUGGUGCUGAUCCUACGUGACGAAGUGCCCAAGAAAAGAGUGGCCGACGGGUUCAGAGGACAUGAAACAUGGCUGUAUGAUUUUGCGCUCGAGGAGUCCGGAGGAGGCCAGGUCAAAGAGGAGAUUGACGACGGCGACGACGACGACGCCGACCCUGACGCCGGAAUCGGCCCACUGAGUUAUCUUCGCCAGUACAGCGUCCAGGCGCCCUUGACGGUCAUUGAGGAAGGGAAGAAGAGAAUCUCAGAACAGGAAUGGAUGGGAAUGUCAGAGCCUUCGUCGUCGUCAUCAUCAUCAUCAUCACCAUCAUGA